AUGAACCAGGGUGCCCCCCUGAGGGCAUGGAAACUCAACGCUAUGUUCCAAUUCCGCUGCUGCUGCACGGGCGAGACGCAGCGGCCGCGUCGGCCGCGGAUCGAUCAGCGGGAGGCGAGGAUCCGAUGCGUGCUGGCGGUGGCGCGGGGCGGGUCGGGAGAUGCGGGGGAGAAGGGGAUCGGGGCGAGGGAGGGCGGCGUGGAUCUACCCACUCAGGGGCAGGCGGCGGUGAGGGGCCUGGAGGGUGGGGGGCUGCAGACCAGGGAGAGGCCGCCGGCGGACAUCGACUAUUUGACGGAGCUAAUUGCCAUCCAGCAGAAUGCUCCCAAAAAUAUCGGGUUCUUUGGCACUAGGAACAUGGGCAUAACACAUCAGAAGCUGGUGGAGAUCCUCAGCUACACAUUGGUCACUUCGGGCAAUCACAUUUAUACUUCGGGCGCCACAGGCACAAAUGCUGCUGUCAUUCGAGGCGCCCUCAGAGCUGAGCAGCCUGACCUCCUGACUGUUGUCCUGCCCCAGAGCAAGGACAAGCAGCCACAAGAGUCUCAAGAGCUUCUUGGCCAGGUCCAAAAUGUGGUCGAAAUGCCUUGGAACGACACUCUGAGCCUCUACGAUGCCAGCAGGUGA